AUGAACGGUUUACCCCAAACGCCAUCGCAGUGGCUAGAGGCACGCGCCCCCGAUGGACGUGCCUAUUAUUACAAUUCCAUCACCAAGGAGACAUCAUGGUCCAAACCGGCCGAGCUAUUGACGCCCAUCGAAAAGGCACUUGCUGCUCAACCAUGGAAGGAGUAUACGGCUCCGGAUGGCCGCAAAUACUAUUCCAACAGCGAGACAAAACAGACGGUCUGGGAAAUGCCGACACAAUAUCGAGAAGCCAUUGAUUCAGUACAAUCGCCUCCGAAACCCGUGCAACCAGCUCCCGCAUUUGUGGCUGGAGGCUCAACUGCCCUUUCUACCUAUUCCUCCCGCGAUCUCGGCGAACACAAUCCAUACGAAUCAAGGUCUCGUAAUGAUGCCGGUACAAAUGGAAUUGCCCUUCCCGCUAUUACCAAAGAAGUUGUGCCUGAUUAUUCCAGUUUCGAGGAAGCCGAGGCCGCAUUUAUGAAGCUGCUCCGAAGAUCCAAUGUACAACCUGAUUGGUCAUGGGAGCAAACCAUGCGCGCAACCAUUAAAGAUCCCCAGUAUAGGGCACUCAAAGAUCCUAAGGAUCGUAAAUCAGCCUUUGAAAAAUAUGCGGUACAGGUUCGCCAACAAGAACGAGAAAAAGCCAAAGAAAGACUGGCUAAGUUACGAACAGAUUUUGGUAACAUGCUAAGAACACACCCCGAGAUCAAACACUACAGUCGAUGGAAAACCAUCAGACCAAUCCUAGAGGGUGAGACCGUCUUCAGAUCCACAGAUAAGGAAGAUGAGCGUAAGCAACUGUUCGAAGAAUACAUUGUCGAACUUAAGAAACAAAAUAUUGAACAGGAAGCCGCCUCACGCAAGUCAGCACUUGAUGAUCUCGGUGCCAUUUUGAAUGCUCUCGAGUUGGAGCCUUACACGAGGUGGUCUCAAGCACAGGAGGUGAUUCAAUCCAAUGAGCGGAUUCAGAGUGAUGACAAAUUCAAGCUUCUGAGUAAGUCAGACGUUCUGACGGCUUUUGAAAACCAUAUCAAAUCCCUUGAGAGAUCCUUCAAUGAUGCACGUCAGCAGCAGAAGUCAAGCAAAGCCAGACGCGAGCGGCAAAACCGUGAUAGAUUCAUUGAAUUAUUGCAAUCUCUGCGCAGCCAGGGCAAAAUCAGAGCUGGAACUAAAUGGGUGACCAUCUUGCCUGAAAUCGAAAAUGACCCCAGGUAUGUUGCAAUGCUGGGACAAGCAGGCUCAACGCCACUCGAUCUGUUCUGGGAUGUUGCAGAAGAAGAAGAGCGUGCUCUUCGAGGACGCCGAAAUGAUGUCUACGAUGUGCUUGAGGACAAACGUUAUGAAAUUACAACAAGAACUUCCUUUGAUGAGUUCUUUGAUGUCAUGCUGACUGAUCGACGGACAGCCAAUAUCGACCGCGACGCUCUGCAACUCAUCUUCCAACGACUUCACGACAAAGUUCUUCGAAGAACGGAGGAUGAGAAGCAUGCGGCAGAUCGACAGCAGCGCCGAGCGAUAGACUCCUUGCGGUCACGUAUCAAACAUCUCGAACCCCCUGUUCGUCUGAAUGAUACUUGGGACAAUGUCAAAUCGCGUGUGGAACGAAUGGAUGAGUAUCUCGCCAUUGAAUCUGAAGAAUCACGCAAAUCUGCAUUUGACAAAGUUAUCAAGAGGCUGAAAGAAAAGGACGAAGACGCCGAAAAGGACAGAGAGAGAAGGCACGCUCGCCGUAACGACGACAGAGACUACCGCAAUGGCCAUCGCACAGAAGCCAGGCAUAGCCGUGUCUCGAAGAGUCCUGAAGUCGAUGCGUACGAAGCUGAUCGUCGCAAAGCCAUGGCUGCACGUGAGAAGCAAUAUCGCAAAACGAACACACUUGGCCUGAGUCCUCCUCCAGCCUCAUAUCGCGACCGUGAACGACGAGACAGGGACGAAAGACAUGGUCGACUCGAUCGAGAUCGAUCGCCGCCGUCACGACAUCUCGCUCCAUAUGAUCGGGAACGUCGAGACCGAGAGGAAGAAAGAGAACGCCUCUACCGCACCCGGGCCGAUCCCCGGAGCAGCCGUGACGAAUUGAACUACGGCGAGGAAUCACGCAGCGUCGCUGGAAGCGAGCGGAGAAAGAGACGCGGCGAAGGGAGCGAUGCUGAAAGCGUUGAAAGUGGCCGGAGAAGCGCGAAGCGCUAUCGAAGGGAGAGACGGGGUAGUUCAAGGGACAAACGUAAGAGCAAGACCCCUGAACCCACUAAGAAAGAACCCGUUCCAGAGCCGGCGGGUGUCCACUCAGGCAGCGAAGAGGGCGAGAUUGAGGAGGAUUAA